AUGGACUUGAGUCGAUUACGGGCGGCAAAAACCGAUUAUUUACAAAUUGUACAGUCAAUGGGUUCAGGACCUGAAUGCAAAGCUGCUGAAGUUCCGGCUGGCAAGGUCCCAGCCGAUGACCCAGCUGCUGAAGUUCCGGCUGGCAAGGUCCCAGCCGAUGACCCAGCUGCUGAAGUUCCGGCUGGCAAGGUCCCAGCCGAUGACCCAGCUGCUGAAGUUCCGGCUGGCAAGGUCCCAGCCGAUGACCCAGCUGCUGAAGUUCCGGCUGGUAUUGGCUCAGCUGCCUUCGGGCCGGGCACAGCUGCCUUCGGGCCGGGCUCAGCUGCCUUCGGGCCGGGCACAGCUGCCUUCGGGCCGGGCACAGCUGCCUUCGGGCCGGGCACAGCUGCCUUCGGGCCGGGCACAGCUGCCUUCGGGCCGGGCACAGCUGCCUUCGGGCCGGGCUCAGCUGCCUUCGGGCCGGGCACAGCUGCCUUCGGGCCGGGCACAGCUGCCUUCGGGCCGGGCACAGCUGCCUUCGGGCCGGGCACAGCUGCUGAUGUACCGGCUGACGUGGAUACUCUGCCGAGCUAA